CCAACGGCGCCUCAGCCAAUGAGAAAAAAGAAGGGGCCGCGCGCGGAGAGCGAGGGGCGCGUCCACUUUCGGUUCGCGCGGGGGGCGCGGGGCACGUGGCGGGACCCCUCCCCUCCCCCUCCCCUCCCGGGGCCCCCCGAUCCGGACGGGACCAGCAGGACACGGCUGCCAUGGCUGACGAGGAGCUGGGGACCAGAGCUACCAGGAAGGGCCCUCUGUCAGCCCGGGGCGGUGCCACCGAGUCCAGCACGCUGCUCCAGGAGCUCCGGGGCAACAUCUCCAAAUCUGUGCAGAGCAAGGUGGACUCCAUCCUGGUGAGUGUUCCCCUGGAAUGCUGGGCUGCAGGGCAGGGCACUCCCAGCUCUGCUGGCCAGCCCCGUUUCUCGGGCUCACCCCGCGGGAUCCAUCUCCUUCUCCUUGUCCCCGGAGCGCAGCAGGACGUGCAGAAGUUCUCGGACAGUGACAAACUCUACCUGUACCUGCAGCUGCCCUCGGGGCCCAGCCUGGGCGAGAAGAGCAGCAGCUCCUCGCUGGAGCUGAGCGCGCUGGGCACGGCCGAGCACAUGCACGCCUGCAGCUGGAUCCGCAACCACCUGGAGGAGCACACGGACACCUGCCUGCCCAAGCAGGAUGUCUACGACGCCUACAAGCGCUACUGUGACAACCUGGGCUGCCGCCCGCUGAGCACGGCCAACUUCGGCAAGAUCAUCCGCGAGAUCUUCCCAAACAUCAAAGCCCGGCGCCUGGGGGGCCGUGGGCAAUCCAAGUACUGCUACGGUGGGAUCCGGAGGAAGACCGUGGUCAGCCUUCCUCCCCUGCCCAGCCUGGACCUCAAAGUGACCGAGACCCAGGCGGAGCUGGCCGAGCUGGCGCAGUCCUACAGCAGCGAGGUGACCGAGGCCGCGUGCGCCCUGACGUGUGACUGGGCCGAGAAGAUCCUGCGGCGCUCCUUCAACAACAUCGUGGAGGUGGCGCAGUUCCUGCUGCAGCAGCACAUCAUCAGCCCCCGCUCGGCCCACGCCGACCUGCUCAUGGCCAUGGUGCUCUCAGAAAACACGGACAAGCCCCCGCAGGACCCCCGGCCACCCGCAGCCCCCAAGAAGAACGGCCUGGACGCCCCGGACGGCAGCCAGGAGCAGGCCAAGAAGGACGCUGUCGCCAAGGGCCCCGCGCAGCCGCGGCCGGAGAAGAAGAAGCCCCCGGAGGCGGCUCGGGCGGCCAGCAGCCCGCAGGUGAACGCGCUGGUGGCGCGGCUGCCGCUGCUGCUGCCCCGCAUCCCGCCCCCGGAGCGGCCCCCGGGCCCCGGCGCGGCCCCGGCGCGCCCCGCGCCGCCCGUGCUGGUGCCGCGGCUGGGCGGCACCGUCAAGGUGGCGCUGCCGCUGCCCGUGGGCGCCGCGCUGGCCCCGCCCGCCGCCAUCCCCGUGCUCAACGUGCUGCUGCCCGGCGUGGGGGUCCCCGCCGCAGAGACCCCCGGCGGCGGCGCCCGCGCGGGAGGGGACAGCGAGGGACAGCGCGGCAGGGCCACCAAGCGCGCCCUGGAGGGAGCGGGGGACGGCGCCGCGCACAAGAGGAGGCGCGGGAGGCCCCGCAAGAGGCCGGGGGACGCGGCGAUGUCACCCGAGGACGCGGAGGUCCCCAGGGGGGAGGAGGGCGGGGACUCACCCCCCGGGGCGUCACCCGGGGCUGGCAGUGCCACCGUGCCCGCUGGGGACAGGGGCGUCGCUGGUGACGCUGCUGAGGAUGCUGGGGACAGCAUGGAGGUUGACAGUGACACGGUGACUGGUGGGGACAGCCCGGUCAGUGGCACUGCCAGUGUCCCCCUUAGUGACAGCUCGGUCGGUGGCAGUGCCACAGUCCGCCUUGGGGACAAUGGCACUGCCAGCAUCCCCCUUAGUGACAGCCCAGUCAAUGGCACUGCCAGUGUCCCCCUUAGUGACAGCUCAGUCAGUGUCAGUGUCAGCGUCCCCCUUAGUGACAGCUCGGUCAAUGGCAGUGCUACUGUCCCCCUUGGGGACAAUGGCACUGCCAGCAUCCCCCUUAGUGACAGCCCAGUCAAUGGCAAUGCUACUGUCCCCCUUAUUGACAGCUCGGUCAGUGGCAGUGCCAGUGUCCCCGUUAGGGACAAUGGCACUGCCAGCGUCCCCCUUAGUGACAGCUCGGUCAAUGGCAAUGCUACUGUCCCCCUUGGGGACAAUGGCACUGCCAGCAUCCCCCUUAGUGACAGCCCAGUCAAUGGCAGUGCCACUGUACCACUUAGUGACAGCCCAGUCAAUGGCAGUGCUACUGUCCCCCUUAGUGACAGCUCGGUCAGUGGCACUGCCAGUGUCCCCUUUGGGGACAAUGGCAGUGCCACUGUACCACUUAGUGACAGCUUAGUCAAUGGCAGUGCCACUGUCCCCCUUGGGGACAGUCUGGUCAGUGGCAGUGCCACCAUCCCCCUUAGUGACAGCCCAGUCAGUGGCAGUGGCACCACUCCCCUUGGGGACAACCUGGCUGGGGGCAGUGCCACCGCCGCCCUUGGGGACAACCUGGUCAGUGACAGCAUCCCUGGUGGUGGCAGUGCCAGUGUCCCCCUUGGGGACAGCUCAGUCAGUGUCAGUGCCACUGUCCCCCCCAGGGACAGCCCGGUCAGUGUCAGUGCCACUGUCCCCCCUAGGGACAGCCCGGUCGGUGGCAGUGCCACUGUCCCCCCUAGGGACAGCCCGGUCGGUGGCAGUGCCACUGUCCCCCCUAGGGACAGCCCGGUCGGUGGCAGUGCCAGCUUCCCCAGUGGUGGCUCUCCUGGUGGUGGCAGUGCCACCAUCCCUGUCAGCGACAAGCCAGUCCCUGGCAGUGCCACUGUCCCUGUCAAGGACAGCUCAGCCAUGGCGAAUGACACUGGGGACAGGCCUGUCACUGGCACUGCCACCAGCCCUGCUGAGGACAGCCCAGCCCGGGCCAGUGACACUGGGGACAGGCCUGUCACUGCCAGUGCCACCAGCCCUGCCAGGGACAGCCCAGCCCGGGCCAGUGACACUGGGGACAGGCCUGUCACUGCCAGUGCCACCAGCCCUGCUGAGGACAGCCCAGCCAGGGCCAGUGACACUGGGGACAGGCCAGUCACUGGCAGUGCCACCAGCCCUGCCAGGGACAGCCCAACCAGGGUCAGUGACAUUGGGGACAGGCCAGUCACUGGCAGUGCCACCAGCCCUGCUGAGGACAGCCCAGCCCGGGCCAGUGACACUGGGGACAGGCCUGUCACUGCCAGUGCCACCAGCCCUGCUGAGGACAGCCCAGCCAGGGCCAGUGACACUGGGGACAGGCCAGUCACUGGCAGUGCCACCACAGAAGACAGGCCUGUCACCAGCAGUGCCACCGUCCCUGUCAGGGACAGCCCGUCCACCACCAGUGGCACUGCUGGGGACAGGCCGGUCACCAGGAGUGCCACCAUUCCCAGCAGGGACAGCCCAGCUGGUGGCAGUGCCACUGUCCCUGUCAAAGCCACUCCAUCCAGGGGCAGUGCCACCAUGGGGGACAAGCCAGUCAGUGGCAGUGCCACUGUCCCUGUCAGGGACAAGCCAGUCCCUGGCAGUGCCACUGUCCCCUGUAAGGACAGCCCCUCCAGGGACAGUGGCACUGGGGACAAGCCGGACACUGGCAGUGCCACUGUCCCCAGGAAGGACAUCCCUUCCAGGGACGGUGGCACUGGGGACAGGCUGGUUACUAGGGGAAGUGCCACUGUCCCCACAGCUGGUGGCAGUGCCACCGACCCUGUCAAGGAAGGUUCAUGCAGGGGCAGUGCCACCACUGGGGACAGCCUGGCUGGUAGCAGUGGCACUGUCCCUGUCCAGGACAGCUCACCCAGGGCCGGUGCCACCACAGGGGACAGGCCGGUCACCAGGAGUGCCACUGUCCCUGUCAAGGACAGCCCAGCUGGUGGCAGUGCCACUGCACCAGUCAAGGACAAUCGGGGCAGGGGCAGUGCCACCACUGGGGACAGCUCAUCCCGGGGCAGUGCCACUGUCCCUGUCAGGGACAGCUCACCCAGGGGCAGUGCCACCACUGGGGACAGCUCAUCCCGGGGCAGUGCCACCGUCCCUGUCAGGGACAGCUCACCCAGGGGCAGUGCCACCACUGGGGACAGGCCGGUCACCAGGAGUGCCACCAUUCCCAGCAGGGACAGCCCAGCUGGUGGCAGUGCCACUGUCCCUGUCAAGGACAGCUCACCUAGGGCCAGUGCCACUGGGGACAGGCCAGCCAGUGGCAGUGCCACCCUCCCUGUCAGGGACAGCCGGUCCAGGGCCAGUGGCACUGCUGGGGACAGGCCGGUCACCAGGAGUGCCACCAUUCCCAACAGGGACAGCCCAGCUGGUGGCAGUGCCACUGUCCCUGUCAAGGACAAGCCUGUCACUGGCAGUGCCACUGUCCCUGUCAGGGACAGCUCAUCCCAGGCCAGUGCCACUGUCCCCAGGCAGGACAGCUCACCCAGGGCCAGUGGCACUGCUGGGGACAGGCCGGUCACCAGGAGUGCCAGUGUGCCUGUCAGGGACAGCCCAGCUGGUGGCAGUGCCACUGUCCCUGUCAUGGCCACUCCAUCCCGGGGCUGUGCCACCACUGGGGACAGGCCAGUCAGUGGCAGUGCCACCGUCCCUGUCAGGGACAAGCCAGUCCCUGGCAGUGCCACUGUCCCUAGGAGGGACAGCUCACCGAGGGCCACUGGGUCUGGGGACAAACCGGUGGCUGGCAGUGGCACCGUCCCCAUCAGGGACAGCUCCUCCAGGAGCAGUGCCACCACUGGGGACAGGCUGAGCAGGGGCAGUGGCGGUGUCCCCGUCUGGGACAGGUCACCCAGAGACAGUGGCAGCGGGGACAGGCCAGGCAGGGGCAGUGCCACCAUCCCCAUCAGGGACAGUGGCAGUGGGGACAGGCCAGGCAGGAGCAAUGCCACUGUCCCUGUCAGGGACAGGCCAGGCAGGGGUAGUGGCAGUGUCCCCGUCAGGGACAGGUCACCCAGAGAUAGUGGCACUGGGGACAGGCCAGGCAGGGGCAGUGCCACCAUCAGGGACAGGCUGGUCAGGGGCAGUGCCACUGUCCCCAUCAGGGACAGCUCAGACGGUGGCAGUGCCACUGUCCCUGUUAAGGACAGGUCAGCUGGAGCCAGGGGCAGCACAGGGGACAGGUCAGUCAGGGGCAGUGCCACUGUCCCUGGCAAGGACAGCUCAGCCAGGGGCACUGCAGGGGACAGGCCAGUCCCUGGCAGUGCCACCCCUGGGGACAGGCCGGGCAGGGGCAGUGCCACCAUCCCCGUUAAGGACAGCUCAUCCAGGACCAGUGACACUGGGGACAGGCCAGUUAGUGGCAGGGCCAUCAUCCCUGUCAGGGACAGCGCAGCCAGGGGCAGUGCCACCCCUGGGGACAGCUCAGUCCUUGGCAGUGCCACCCCUGGGGACAGGCUGGGCAGGGCCAGUGCCACUGUCCCCAUCAGAGGCAGCCCAGCCAGAGGCAGUGUCACCCCUGGGGACAGAUCGGUCAAGGGCAGUGCCACCGUCCCUGUCAGGGACAAGCCGGUGUCUGGCAAUGCCACCAUCGCUGUCAGGGACAGCUCACCCAGGGCCACUGCUGUUGGGGACAGGCCAGUGAGGAGCAGUGCCACCACUGGGGACAGGCUGGGCAGGGGCAGUGCCACCACUGGGGACAGGCCAGUGAGGAGCAGUGCCACCACUGGGGACAGGCCGGGCAGUGGCAGUGCCACCACUGGGGACAGGCCAGUGAGGAACAGUGCCACCACUGGGGACAGGCCAGGCAGUGGCAGUGCCACCACUGGGGACAGGCUGGGCAGGGGCAGUGCCACCACUGGGGACAGGCUGGGCAGGGGCAGUGCCACCACUGGGGACAGGCCAGUGAGGAGCAGUGCCACCACUGGGGACAGGCCGGGCAGUGGCAGUGCCACCAUCCCUGUCAGGGACAGGUCACCCAGAGACAGUGGCAGCGGGGACAGGCCAGGCAGGGGCAGUGCCACUGUCCCCAUCAGGGACAGGUCACCCAGAGACAAUGGCAGCGGGGACAGGCCAGGCAGGGGCAGUGCCACCACUGGGGACAGGCCGGUCACUGGCAGCGGCAGUGUCCCCAUCAGGGACAGGUCACCCAGGGCCAGUGGCAGUGGGGUCAGGCUGGUCAGGGACAGUGCCACCAUGCCCAUCAGGGACAGGUCACCCCGGGCCCCUGACACUGGGGACAGGCCAGGCAGCAGAAGUGCCACUGUCCCUGCCAGGGACAGCCCGGCUGGGGGCAGUGGCACGGUCAGGGACGUGCCAGUCUCUGGCAGUGCCACUGUCCCCAUCAGGGACGGGGAUAGCCCGUCCAGGGGCACUGCCACUGUCCCUGUUGAGGACAGGCCGGUCAGUGGUGGUGGCACCGUUGGGGACAGGCUGGUCACUGACAGUGGCACCCCUCCUGGCAGGGACUGUCCCUCCAGGGACAGUGGCACUCCUGGGGACAGGCCGGUCCCUGGCAGUGCCACUGUCCCCGUCAGGGACAGCCUAUCCAGGGGCACUGCCACCAUCGUGGACAUGCCCGUCACCGGCAGUGCCACCGUCCCUGUCGGUGACAGCCCGUUCUGGGCCCGUGGCACCGCUGGGGACAGCGCGGGGGCUGGCAGUGCCACCCUCCCUGCCAGGGACUGCCCGUCCCGGGGCACGGCCACCAUCGUGGACGCGCUGGUCACUCUGAGUGGCACUGUGAUGGACAGGAGGAUCCUGGGCAGUGUCACCGUCCCCGUCAGGGCCAGCCUGGCCAGGGGCACUGCCACCAUCGUGGACACGCCCGUCUUCGUCAGUGCCACCGUCCUCGUUGGGGACUCCAUCCCCAGGGUCACAGCCACCAUCGUGGAGUCCAGGGUGCCCGGCCAUGCCAUCCUCCCCCUCGGGGACACGCUGGCCUGUGGCAGUGCCACUGUCCCUGUCAGGGAGUGCCCGUCCGGGGACAGUGCCACCGUCCCUGGUGGGGACUGGCCAGGCAGGGACAGUGCCACUGUCCCCAUCAGGGAGUGCUCAUCCAGGGACAGUGCCACCGACCCCGAGAGAGACGGGCCAGGCAGGGACAGUGCCACCGACCCUGAGAGGGACGGGCCAGGCAGGGACAGUGCCACCGACCCUGACAGGGACGGGCCAGGCAGGGACAGUGCCACUGUCCCCAUCAGGGAAUGCUCAUCCAGGGACAGUGCCACUGUCCCUGACAGGGACGGGCCAGGCAGGGACAGUGCCACUGUCCCUCUUGGGGCCGGGUCACUGGGUGGCAGUGCCACCAUCCCUGUCAGGGACUGCCCGUCCAGGGGCAGUGGCAGCCUUGGGGACAGGCCCGUCCCUCCCGUCCGCGUCAGUGUCAUCAGGGAUGGCAGGACGGGCACCAGGGUGGCACCGGAGGCCCUGGCACAGCGGGGCCACAGCCGAGCCGGGUCCCCCCCGGGGGACACGCAGGGACAGCCGUGCUCGGGGCACCGCGAGCGACAAACGAGGGCGGGCACAGGGAUGGGGUCCCCUCCGUCACACCAGUAAAAACCAGUAAAAACCA